CAGGAAGUAAAUGCUGUACCUCUCUAAAAGAAGCACUAUGGUUCAGAGACGUGACAGUUGAGGACGCAAUAACGAGAGAGAGAGAAAAAUGGUUAGAUUCAGAUGGAUAAAAACGUCUUUAUUUGUGAUACUGGUGCUUCAGUUUACAGCAGCAACUGGACAGAACCUCUCCUUCACUGUCAGAGUUGGAGAUGAAGUCAUUUUGCAUUGUGGAAAUGUGAUACAAAAUCAGGAUAAUUGUGACGGGACUUCCUGGUUGGUCAGUCGUGAUAUUGGGGCAGCAGCAACAGAGCUGAUUAUACAUGGGAAGAUCAGUAAAAAUGGGAUUUCCGAAGCUAAAUCAGACAGACUGAAUGUUACAGCAGAAUGUUUUCUGGUUAUAAAAAAUGUUACAGUCGAGGAUAAUGGUCGUUACACCUGCAGACAGUUCAACAAAUCAGGACAACAACAUGGUCCAGACUCUCUGGUUGUUCUGUCUGUUAUCAACAUGGAACAAUAUCAGAACAAUGAUACAGUCGGCUUCAUCUGCUCUGUGUUGACAUAUGGAAAGUGUGAACACACAGUCAAGUGGUUGUAUGAGGGUAAUAAGAACCACACGGUGACACAGGGUUCCUGUUCAGCCUCUGUGGUUUUUACAGCUCCUCCUCUUAGUCAGAAGUCAAACUAUUGUGAGUUACUGAAGUGUAACGUGACAGAUAAUAAGAGUGGACAGAUGCUGCUGUGUAGCGUUGACCUCCAGUCCUUGUGUGAGAAAACAGGAAGCACAUUGAGGGGGAAAAACAAAACACCAUCUGGAAAGGGUGAAACUACAACAAAACCAGAUAUGUGGCAAUUCAUCGUUGUGGCUGUGGGUUUAGCAGCGCUCUUAAUAAUCAUUGUGGUUGUCAUCAGAUGGAAAAAGGCUAAAGGGAACAAAACAAAAAUGGAUGAAAACAUUCGACUGAGCUUAAACCCUGCAGUGACUCAACCUGGUCCAGAGACCAUGCAGGACAUGACUGAUCCUGAAGAUGGUGUUUCCUACGCCUCCAUCAGCUACACCAGGAAGACCAACAGUAAAGUCCAGGUUUCUGUUAAGGAUGAUCAUGAUGAAGAUGAUGCAGUGACCUACAGCAGCGUGAAAGCUUCCUCUCCUUCUGCUGGAGGCUCAGCUGAUCCCAGCGACCUCUACGCUACCGUCAACAAACCAAACAAAAAAGAGGACGUGGUAUAGUUACAUCUCAUAUCAGUCCAGUUACUGAUAACUAAAAAUAAAACCAAAUCAGUUUUUAUUCAGCGAGUGCUUCAUUCUGUGUUAAUGAUAUUUAUUGAUACCUUUAGCAAAAUUGUAAAUGCAGUCAGUCCUGGAGAACAUUUAAUACUUAUUUACUAUAAAUGUUUAUAAUUAAUCCAAAUGCCCCCACCAGAGUAAUGACAUUGUUAUUGAUACAUGAAGAACU